CAUAUGCGAAACCUCAAACGGAAAAUGAAACUAAAGUGUAACAAAACAGCGCUACUCUUUUGAGCGGUUUAUCAGCUCGGACCAAUAAUUGAGCGCAGCGCUAACGCAUGCAAACAUCAGAGCUCAGAACAGAACCAAUGCUGAUCUCGCCACACUGUUACUACACACUGCUGUGAGAUCCAGAAAGAAGUGCUUGAAUUCUGCACAGAAAUAUCUGUUAUAAACAGAUCACACAGCAAUAAUGUAGAAAACCAUAACUAACUAACGCUAAUAACAUAGUGUUGUGGCAGAAAUAGUCAAAUGUUAUGUCCUCAUUCAUUUCAAUUGAAAUUCAUUUUACAUCAACUUUGACAAAUUCAGCCAAAUAAAUUUUAAAUCCCCCCAAAACUGCACUUUUUUUAUUUUUGAAGUUGGACAGAAACAUUUUGUUGUUGUACUAUGUAUAAUUACAGGCAAGCAAAAUAGCAUAACAUAAUAUUAGCCUACUUUAGUGAGAUGAGUGAUCUCCCCACUUUUUUUUCUUUGGCAUAUAAUAAAGUGAAAAUUAGUGUCAAUUGCACCAUUGCAUGCAGGUUUUAUUUUUACAGCGUUCUGCAUUAUAACAAAUCACACAUGAUUCAGUUGAGUUUAUGUAGACAAUCAGAGGUGUUCAGAUUAAUCAUCACUGAAACACAAGAUUUUUGUUCAGUGCACGGUUCUUAAAUCUGCCACUAAUUGUACAUUUAAUCAGAGUAGAAUAUAUUAAUUUUCUUUGUAAAAAAUUAGAAUUGGCAUGUUAAUAUUGUUCAUAAAAGUACAUUUUGUAUGAUUUCCAACUCAAGCUUAGUGUUUAACUGUUAAAUGUGCAUUACCAAGAAAUUAAUGUGUAAUAUUAGUAAUAAUUUGAAGAUCAGUGUAUCUCAUUCAUGGAAAAAUUCCAAGCACGUAUAGUUUACAAAGAUUCUUCAAAAUGACCAACAUUUUGUAUAACAAUUAUCUAAUUUACACUGCUAUAUCUGGGAUCAUCUUUAUGUCCACAUUUAUCUGGUUUCUUUGAGUUAUUUAGAAAUUAACCUUUUUUUACUUUUAUUUUAGAGUUAUUUAAAGAAAAUGUGAAGAAUGAAGAAUUGAGUGAAUCUGAGGAGAAAAAUCAUGCUGAAGAAACUGGAGAAAAAUCGUUGAGUUGGUCUCAAACCAAACAGAAAGAUUUAAUUAAAAGAACAGCCAAGAAAUCUUUCACCUGCACUCAGUGUGGAAAGAGUUUGACAAGAAAAAAUAGUCUUGAUGUUCACAUGAGAGUUCAUACUGGAGAGAAACCGUUCACUUGUGAUCAAUGUGGGAAGAGUUUCACACAAUCAUCAAGCCUUAAGAAGCACAUGAACAUCCACACUGGAGAAAAAACGUACAUGUGUUCACACUGUGACAAGAGAUUCAGUCGGUCAGGAGACCUAAAAACACAUGAGAGGAUCCACACUGGAGAGAAACUGUACACAUGUGAUCAAUGCGGCAAAACAUUUUCGAGCGCUUCAUACCUGAGAAAACACCUGAGAGUUCAUACAAAGGAGAAGCUACAUGCGUGUUAUUUGUGUGGAAAGAGUUUUUCAUGUCUACAAAAUUUGAAAGUACAUCAGAAAAUACAUACUGGUGUGAGAGAGUACAUGUGCUUUGAGUGUGAAAAGACUUUUACUACAGCAAACUGUUUAAAACUGCACCAGAGGAUUCACUCUGGAGAAAAACCUUACAAGUGUUCACACUGUGACAAGAGAUUCAGUCAUUUAGCAACUCUGAAAACACACGAGAGAAUUCACACUGGAGAAAAACCUUACAAGUGUUCACACUGUGACAAGACAUUUAGUCAUUCAGCAACUCUGAAAACACACGAGAGGAUCCACACUGGAGAGAAACCGUAUCACUGCACUGACUGUGGGAAGUGUUUCAUUCAAUCUUCUUCUCUACACAGACACACAAAAAACAUUCACAGUCACCAUAGCCACCAGAUCCAGUCUGUAUCCAAGUCAGAGGGUCACUGC